AUGUUGAGAGCUUGUCAGUUACGAGUUGGGUUACCGAUUCCAAAACUCUCUUCACUCUUCUCUUUCUCUUUCUCUUUUCCAUCCUAUUCUCACUCCCAAAUCCACACUUUUUCAUCUUCAAAACCCCUCCUUUUUCACUCACCUUCUUCUUCUUCUAUCAUGCCUCCCAAAUCAACAGCUUCGUUUAGUACUGGAGGAGGUAGUGCUGUUGAAGGUGGUGGCGAAAGGGAAAUAUUGGUGCAGCAUUUGUUGGUGAAAGAAGAUGAUCAGAGACUAUUGGUGGAUCUUCAACUAAGAGUCGCUAAAGGUGAAGAUUUAAGUGAUCUUGCUGUGGAUCAUUCAAUUUGCCCUUCUAAAGAUGAAGGAGGAAUGCUUGGGUGGGUUCGAAAGGGACAAAUGGUUCCUGAAUUUGAAGAGGCUGCGUUUAAUGCACCUUUAAAAAAAGUUGUAAGAUGCAAGACAAAAUAUGGAUGGCACCUACUACAGGUUUUAUCUGAAAGGGAAGAAUCUGUACUUAAAGACAUUCAACCUAAUGAGUUGCAUGUGAAAUUUCAAGAUCCCACCUUUUUAGAUGAGGCGCAGUUAAUUGAUGUUCGAGAGCCUGAAGAAGUGGCCACAGCAUCUUUGCCGGGAUUUACGGUUCUUCCCCUCCGACAAUUUGGAACAUGGGGGCCUGAAAUAAACACCAAAUUUGAUCCUCAAAAGGAUACAUAUGUUCUGUGUCAUCACGGUGCGCGGUCGUUGCAGGUUGCCAGGUGGCUGCAGUCACAGGGGUUCAGGAAAGUAUACAAUAUUUCCGGAGGAAUCCAUGCCUAUGCGGUGCAGGCCGAUCCAUCAGUUCCUACAUACUGA